AUGGCUCGUUGUUUCCAGCCUUCGAAGACGACGGAGUGGAGAAAGAAGAUUACACAUUUCGAGCAAGAAGAGGACGAAACCUUGAGGGAUGCUUCGGAGAGGUACUCCGAUUACUUUCUUCAGUGCCCCCACCACGAGUUUGAGGAACAGUUUCGGAUUGAAAACUUCUACAGAGGUCUAAUGCAAGAAGAUAAAAUCCUCAUUGACUCCUUAUGUCAAAGGAAGUUUAUGAAUAUGGCCCCGCCCCAAAUUACCGAGAUCCUAGAAGACAUGGCCCUUAGGGGGUACGAUUGGGGGUUGACUAGAAGUGGAAGAAGAAGAAAUGAAAGGGGAGUGAGAAGCAUGGGGGUGAGUGCUCCGCUUGAGGCAAAGCGGGAUAAGUUGCUUGAGGUUAUGAUUGAAGACAAAAGGCAAGGAAAACGGGCGGUAAUGUCGUGCGAUUGGUGCUCGAGAACUAGCCACGAGAUAGCGGAGUGCCAAGCAAUGAAGUAG